AUUACAAUUCGAAAAUAGGCGAAAAUGUACGAAUUAGAUGAUGAGUAUUUAAAAUUCAUAAAUCUCGUUGUCACACUUCACUCUUAGACGAAAUGGAUAUGAAUAUGGAUGAUUCUCCGGAAGGACGUCUCGCCUAUGGUGGAACGGUCCGAAAUCGACGAUAUUCUACUCAAAAUGUUUUAUUAAUAACAAUUGGAUCUGCAAUAUUUCUAUCAUUGAUACUUGCAGUUGUAUUUUUAAGCUCAACAAAUAUUACAUGUGACACAAAAAUUGAUGAUGUUUGCUUUACACCUGAAUGUAUUCGUGAAGCUGCUAUAACUCUGGAAUAUUUAGACACUGAUGUAAAUCCUUGUGAAGACUUUUAUCGAUUUUCAUGUGGAAAUUAUUUAAAAACAAAACGAAUUCCUGACAAUGAAUUGAUUAUUAGUGUUUUUGAUGACAUUGAUGAUAAAUAUCGUGAACAAUUAAGAAUUAUAUUUGAUUAUAAUAUUUUUCCUUCUAAUUUAUCGCCAUUUUCAAUUCUUAAUACUUUUUACAAAAAUUGCAUGAACAAAAAUGAAAUUGAAAAAAUUGGUUUACGGACAAUUUUAACAAUUUUCAAAGAUCUUGGAGGAUGGCCCGUUGUAGAAGGAGAUUCAUGGUCAACUGAUAUUAAUUGGGUUGAUACAUUGAGUAAAUUUAUAGAAAAAGGAUUUGCAACAGAUUAUUUCUUUCGUUUUGCUGGUGGCGUUAAUUUUACAAACACUCGUCAACCAUUAUAUUCUAUUGAUCAACCAACCUUAGGAUUAUCUAGUCCAUUUUUAAAAAAGGGUUUCAAUGACACUUUUGUUAAAGCCUAUUACCAGUACAUGAUUGAUGUUGCUAUUAUUUUCGGAGCCAACAAAACAAAUGCUGAGGAUGAAAUGAGAGAACUAUUGGAAUUGCAUAUUGAAAUAGCAAAAAGUUUCAAGUCACCUGAAGAUGCAAGAAACAUAUCACUUUAUGACAAUCCAAUGACAAUGAAUGAAAUUGAAGUAAAGUAUGAAAAUAUUCCUUGGAACGAAUAUUUCAGAAAGGCUUUUCGUAAUCAAAUUUUAUUCAAAGAAGACGAUGUUCUCAUGAUAUACGAUCCUGCAUUUAUGGAAAAUCUAAAUAAUAUAAUAAAACGCACAAAUAAUAGAACAUUGGUUAAUUUUAUUUUUUGGAGAUCAAUUGAAUCAGUUGUGAAAUAUUUACCUGAUGUAAUUCGAGAAGCAGAAUUAAAAUUUAAAAUUGUCAGACAGGGAAUUAUCGAUAAAACUGCAAAAUGGAAAGAAUGCAUUGAUAAUUCAAUAGAAUUAUUAGAUCCAAUUGUUGCUUAUGUUUAUCAUCAGACAUAUUUUAAUGAAAGUAUUGUGGAACAAAAUAUCACAUCGUCAACAAAAUAUUUGGUUAAUCAUGUUUAUCAAGAAUUUCUAGUUAUGCUUGAAAAGCUUGAUUGGAUGGAUAAAGCGACAAAAGAGAAAGCAUUAGAAAAAGCAAAAGCAAUGAAUAUGAAAAUUGCCGAUGAAAAUAAAAUACAAAGUUUAGAAGCAUUGCAAAUUAAAUAUAAACGACUGGAACUAAAAUCCGAUGGGGAUUAUCUUCAAUCUUAUCUAACUAUUCCAAAACAAAUUCAUGAAGAUAUCAAUUUUGACAAUUAUCAAAUUGAGGAAGAUGAUAAAAUUCAAUUUCCAAAUGUUGAAGGACCUGCUCUACUAAAUCCCACAUACAGCCUCUUUCAAAACCAAAUAAAUAUUCCAGCUGGAAUACUUCAGGAUCCUUUUAUGAAUGAAAAAAGACCUCAAUAUAUAAAUUAUGCAAGUCUUGGUUUUGUCGUUGGUCAUGAAAUUACUCACGGUUUUGGAGAUCAAGGUCAUCAAUUUGAUAAAGAUGGAAAUUUUAUUAAUUGGUGGGAUAAAAAAACUAAGGAACAAUUUGUGGAAAGAACAAAUUGUCUAAUUUAUCAAUAUGGAAAUUAUAGUUUAGUGGGAGAAAAAUUAAAUGGAAUUGUAUCACUCGGUGAAAAUAUGGCCGAUAAUGGAGGAAUAAAAGUAUCGCAUGUUGCAUAUCAAAAAUGGAUUAAAGAAAAUGGUUCUGAGAAAAAAUUACCAGGACUUAGUUAUACACCAUUACAAUUGUUUUGGAUUAAAUUAGCUCAAACAUGGUGCAGUAAAUAUAGGCCACAAGUUUUAAAAGAACUUAUUGUUAAUGAUCAACAUAGUCCUGAAGAAUUUAGAAUUAGAGGUUCACUUUCUAAUAGUCAUGAAUUUGCAAAAGAUUUUCAAUGUCCUUUAGGUUCUAAAAUGAAUCCAGUGAAAAAAUGUUCCGUCUGGUAAAUUAAUUUUUCAAACAAAAAAAUGUCAUUUUUAUACAAAUUUUAUACUGUUUUAUUCAAAAACUAAAGGAAAGAAAUUUCCUUUCGAAAAUUAUUUUUAAAAAAGAAAAAACUUUUUUCAAAAAUAUAUCAAUUAGUAAAAUAAUUAUUAUUUUAAACACGACUUAUAUUUUUAAAAUUAUGAAAAAAUUGUAUAUAAUUUGAUAUUUAAAUAAAAGACAAUUAUUUUA